AUGGAGGCUGAAGCGGUGGCACCAGCCCUCGAAGCGAGCGAACCGGGCCCAGCCGCUGUGGAGGGGUCCGACACAGUCAUGCCAGCAGUGCCCAGCAUACCAGUGCCGUCGGGGACGAAGGUGGUGGUGACUGUGCCGGUAACAAUGCGCAUCAGUGCAGAGGCACAGAUCUCAUCACUGCGGCAGAUGUUGACCACCGCAGGUGUUCCAGUGGAGGAUGGAGCUUUCCAUUGCCGUGGGGAGCCACAGGCUGUGGCAGAGGAGUCCUUGGUGGGUGAACUCAAAGACGUGCGCUUGUCGUGGUUUCCCGAGCCGGAUCUGGAACCAUGGCAGCUUUGCGCGGCCCACCGUGCGUGCGAGCGAUUGGUUCAACAGCGUCUUGGGCAGGCAGCAGCUUCCAGACAUCCCUUCUAUAAGACCAGGCUUUGUAACAACUGGGCUUCGCAGGGGCACUGUGUACAUGGGCUUCGUUGUAUUUAUGCCCACGGCCCACAUGAGUUGCGACGGUCCAUGAUGCCCUUCAUGCCACCUUUGGCCAAAGCUCCUGCCAAAGCGGCCCCCAAAGUGCCUGAAGUGGUCUUCACGGUGGAUAAGGAAGAAGAAAGACGACGCGCCGAGCGCGCCAAGCGUUUCGCGCCCCGAGCCGCUUCCUUCGAGGCCAGUACGACGGGAACCACAGAAAUCGGUGGAGCGACAGAGACGAAUGCUGCUGAGGCAGAUGACAAGGAUGCUGAGCAUACUGUUGGUGAAGGUGAUGUUGAUGAUGCUCUCAACGAGGCAGGGCUGCUGAAUGAGGAGCAGAUUGCAGACUACCUGUUGGAGAUGCAGCAGCAGUUCAUGACGUCAGACUCCAUUGAUGGCGGAUUUGACCUCAGAAAUUCGAUGGAGGAGCCCAGCGUGCCGGAAUUUUGUUUCACCGACUCCUUCUCCUCAUUCUGCUUUGCAUCGCUGUACAUUAGGCCUGAGGUAGUGAGUAGCUUGGGCGAGGUAUGCCAGGAAAACUUGAACUUGAUGGCAUCAUGCAUUUAUGCCACCAAGUUCGUUCGGUUGAUGAAGCCGGAACAGUUCCGACAGAUCCAGAGAUCCGCCAUCACCUCGAUGGCACAGUACAUCCGAGACCACUGGGUGGUGAACAUUCAGAAGAUCAUCCUGAACAACUUUCGGGAUGUUGGCAAAGGCUGGUUCUCGAUCCACGAGACGAACCAGGAUACAUAUCGACAAGGAAAACUGAAGAAACUCUUAGCCGUGGUGAAGAAUAUGAUGCAGGAUUCCUUGGAGUUCUUCGCUUUGGAUUCGGUGGACGACUACUGCCAUGGGCUUGAGGACCUGGCUCCUGAACGCGUGGUGGUGCAUGAUCUUACCAAGGUCACCAGUGAGUUCGUGGAGCGUCCUCGGCCCAAAGCGGCGAAGAGUGGGGGCUCACUGCAGCUGAUCCCUCCAGGACGCCCGGGCACUGCCUUCUAUGGUGGUGAUCGGGAUGAUGACAGUGUGGACUUGCUGCCGGGCUCCGCACUCUUCCUGCUGGAGAUCAAGAUUUCCGAGGAGAAAACCUUCGUGUAUUCCACCAGCAGUGAGGCAGCCAUAGAGCUUUGUGCUGAGAUCCUCGAUAUGGGCAUGAUGUCACUCGGAGACAUUCCGCAGGUGGAACCCCAAAUCGUGCCACAGCUCUUCAAGACGGUCGUGGUGAAGCAGGUGUUGAACACCAUCGACGUCCAAACACCUCGGGAUGAAGGGGCGCCCACGCCCUUCGUGAAGGCACGGAAGGCGGCCAUGUUGCAACACCUCCGAAAGGACCAUGAUGGGACUGGCUUCGUGUCCUUCGCCGCCAUGGCGGGAAGCGCGGCCAUGGCGUCCUUCGCUUCGCCAACUGCGGGACUGGCGGUGCUCGUGGCGAGCGCGGUGCUCGUGGCAAGUGUGCCCUUGGACUUUCACCAGACGCCCUUGCGGUGCCCCAGCUCUUGGGAAGACCUGCUCGGUCAGCUGACGGAGGCACAAGAACUUCUGACUGUCGGCCAAGCUGCCGAAGUCCGGCUGCACUUGAGCGAGGCUUUGCAGCACUUCUUGGGCCCUGACGCCGGCGAAGCCCUUCACCUGCGCCAUGCACUGGACGAGUGCCCCGUGGGUAUCGCGGCGGCGCUACGGCUCAGCGCCAUGGCACACUAUGGAGAUCCUGCAGUCCGAGAAGCUUCACGCCAUGUGCAGAUCCAGGCUUUGGAGGUCGCGUUGUGCUUGCAACAUUUGGCAGCCGGAUGGCUGAUCUAUGCCUACAAUGGGCCGGCUGACCAUCGGGACUCCUUCAUUGAUGAAUCCCUGUGGCCCAUCACUUCAGGCACCUUCGGCGAUGAGCACCGUUCGGUGGCGCAGCUUCUCUCCGAGCUGCGGGCGAGUUCCGCGCGGAACGCGGACGACGCAGCGAGUUCGCGGCGGAAUGCGGCGAGGAACUCGCCGCGCUUGGCGCUGGUGACGAUCUGCGACUACCCUGAGGCGUCGCAACUGCCGCGGUGGGCAGCGUUUGUGCAUGGGAUCUAUGCCCAAAAGAAUGGCUAUGCAUAUCUGCACUACCGUGAUGCGCGGCAUGCAAGUGGGCGCCCAGCUGCUUGGGGGAAGGUGGCUGCAAUGCGAGAGGCUUUGGAGGAUGGACGCUGGGACUGGGUGGUUUGGGUCGAUUGUGACUUGUACUUCAUGAACCUCAACAAGACAUUGGAGUCGAUUUGGCUCCGACACUCUGAUGCACCAGAGGUGAGCAUGCUCAUUUCUGAAGAUGCUCAGACGCUGAACACGGCGAUUUUCUUCUUAAAGCGAACUGACUGGAGCAAGCAGCUUUUGGAGAGCGUUUGGGAUGCGAACGGCUCGCCUUUCAUUGACCACACCUGGUGGGAACAGCAGGCCUUUGCACAACAUUUGCUUGGUGGGUUGGUCCACCACGCUGCCCCCGUCCGCUACACUGCCAGCAAAGCAGACUUGCUCGGCACGUCAGGCGAUCUGCGGGCCUAUCCAUCCCAAGUGCGCAUUGUGCCACAAGCAGAGAUGAAUUCCUACCAUCCCAUCUCCUCCCGUAUGGUGGGGGAAACUUGGGAGCCAGGCAAGUUCAUUUUGUCCUUCAACGGGGCUCCUUGCGCUGCAGCCGGUGAAAUCGCUGUCUGGCCCAACGGUGGCGGACAUCCUCCAUGUAAACUACUUUGA